UCCGGGAAGGCGGGCGCCCCAGCUCAGAGCCCGGCCUCUGGUGACUUUAAGGCCACUGGCGUAGUUAAAAGUGGUGGGAACGAGGAGCCCGGGUGAAUUCAGCGCAAGAAACUGAACUUUGGCCGACCACGACUUUCCAGAACAAACCAACAAACAAAAACCUAGCGCGGCCAAGGUUUCUGCGGCUCAGGACGGUUUAUUACUCAAGCCGUUGGGACAAAAGGAGUCAAAAGUUGGAGGCUGUCCUUUGUUAGAUCCUAACGUGCCUGAAAUGCGGAUACCUUCCCAGCAACCUGGUUUGAAAUGCCAGCAUUUCAUUCCAGCCGACAGACGUUUAUUUCUGCCUUUUUUGGUGUGUUUUUCCUGCAGGGAGUCUCUGGCGGUUUUAGUCACUGUGAGCUGCCUUCUGAGGACUUGCGAAUUAAAAGCAGCAAAUGCGUUUAAACCAAAUAUCCUACUGAUAAUGGCAGACGAUCUUGGCAUUGGGGACCUUGGUUGCUAUGGGAACGACACACUGAGGACGCCGAAUGUCGACCGACUGGCGCGGGAAGGCGUGCGGCUCACGCAGCACCUGGCGGCCGCCCCGCUCUGCAGCCCGAGCAGAGCGGCCUUCCUCACGGGCCGACACGCGCUCAGAUCAGGCAUGGAAGCCAGCAACGGGUACCGGGCCCUUCAGUGGAACGCGGGCUCAGGCGGACUUCCCGAGAACGAGACCACGUUUGCCAGAGUCCUCCAGCAGCAAGGUUACGCCACGGGCCUCAUCGGCAAAUGGCACCAGGGCGUAAACUGCGAAUCGCGCACCGACCACUGCCACCACCCGCUAAGCCACGGGUUCGACUACUUCUUUGGCAUGCCCUUCACCCUCGUCAACGACUGUCUCCCGGGCAGAUCCCCGGAAAUGGACGCGGCCACGAGGGCGAGGCUGCGGCAUUACACCCAGAUGAUGGCCUUGGGGGUCCUCACCCUCGCGGCUGGCAAGGCCUGUGGGCUCUUCUUCAUUUCCUGGAAAGCAGUCUUGGGGGCGGCCAGCCUGCUCUUCCUGUUCUUUGUCUCCUGGUACGCCAGCUUUGGGUUUGCCCGCCGCUGGAAUUGCAUCCUGAUGAGAAACCACGAGGUCACAGAGCAGCCCAUGGUUUUGGAAAGAGCCGCAAGCCUUCUGCUAAACGAAGCCGUUUCCUACAUUGAAAGAAACAAGCACGGGCCAUUCCUGCUCGUGGUCUCCCUGCUCCACGUGCAUAUUCCCCUCGUGACGACAAAGGAGUUUCUUGGGAAGAGUCAGCAUGGCUUGUACGGCGACAACGUGGAGGAGAUGGACUGGCUCGUGGGGGAAAUUCUCAAUGCCGUCGAAGAACACGGUUUGAAAAACAAGACGCUCACGUACUUCACCUCUGAUCACGGAGGACACUUGGAGGCAAGAGACGAACACAGCCAGCUGGGCGGAUGGAAUGGCAUAUACAGAGGUGGCAAAGGCAUGGGCGGCUGGGAAGGCGGGAUCCGCGUCCCGGGGAUCUUCCGGUGGCCCGGGGUGCUGCCGGCCGGCCGAGUGGUCCACGAGCCCACCAGCCUGAUGGACGUCUUCCCCACCGUGGUCCGGCUGGGGGGCGGCCAGGUGCCCCAGGACAGGGUGAUGGAUGGCCACAACCUGAUGCCCUUGCUGCAAGGAGAUGCUGAGCACUCGGCACACGAGUUCCUGUUUCAUUACUGUGGGAAAUAUCUCCACGCUGCACGCUGGCAUGAGAAGGAGAAGCCAAUCCCUUUCUUACAAGAAGAAAAGAGUCACUUGAUAUCUCAAGAAGGAUGCUGGCUGGUGCUGACCCCAUCAUGGAGGAAGGGACUUGCAGGCUCCAGUCUGUGGCGCCCUCACACUGGGUUUAUUAUCUGACAUGAAUCCCCAUGAGCCCCUUGAGGACACAGCAAGACCUUGCCACGCAGACUGCUGAGAUAGCUUUCUUGCUUCUGUUUAUAAAAGUAACACGGGGGCACCAAACAGUUAAAAAUAGGGAGGCAGGGUAAGGAUGUUCUAAGGGCAUCUGUAGGUCUAACCCCCACACAGAGCCCCCUGAGCACCUUGGAAUGAGUCCCUUUGAGUGUCCGUCCCUGGAGAACAGCAUACACACACACACACACGCACAUACAUGCGCAGACACACAUAGACACACACACAUACAUACACACUGAUUUGACAGCAGUGAUGUCAGACUUACACAAUCCGCCGUGUCCUCCGCUCUGUCCUCUUUUUGCUGGACAUGGGACGUUAGGCUCCCCAGCGCCAGCACCUGGUUGGGUGUUCAGUUAGCAGGUUUCUCCUGCCCUGACCGACCCCCUGU